AGUUGUCAGUGUCCAGUUAACUUAAUAUCGGUGGUUCCUGCUCGCCAUCAGCGUCAUUCUUCGGUUUCUUAGUGUUAUUUGACACCUUUCUGGGUUUUACAAGCUUCUUUUAGUCUCAGUGAAGUUUUUCAGGGAGCUUUGGACUAAAGCCUGUCAGUUUUUAAGACUUUUUUUUUUUUUUUUUUUUUACAUUUAUACACGAACAAGCAAGAGGCUAACCCCGCUAGAGGAUUUUCCGAAUUUUUAUCGACUUCCUGCCCAUAUUUCUGGGCUCUUCCUUAGUUUUUGUCCGAACUCUGUUGGAAAGCAUGGAGUUCUGCCCUACAGACAUGAAGGCGGAACGUGAGAGCAGAUAGCGGUGAACCCAGACUAUUCCAGGACUCAGAACCGAGCCGUUAGGAUGGCAACAGACUUUAACUUGAUCCACCGAACCUGUAAGUUGGUGGUGCUCCUCUGCUUCCUUCACAUCUCUGUCACCGUCUUCUUCUACGUCCGAUCUAUGGACAUUCGGUUCUCAUUCGCCCAGAACCAGCAGUCCCACACUAACCUAAGCCGGUCCAGUCAUGGCCUGCCCUCUGUUAGUAACUCUAGAACCGAACAGCCAGAAGCACCCACCCUAAAGGCAGAGGAGAACCAGCGGGGCGAACCGGAUCAGAAUCCAAAGGAGAAGCAACCUGAGAAAUGUCCAGAAACAUCACCUCUUCUGGUGGGUCCUCUUAGGGUGGAGUUCAACAUCCCUGUAAGCCUGGAGCAGGUCAAGAAAGACAACCCCAACAUCCAGCCGGGCGGCCGCUUUAAACCCAAAGACUGCCUGGCCCUGCAGAAGGUCGCCAUCAUUAUCCCUUUCCGCAAGCGAGAUGAACACCUGAAGUACUGGCUGUACUACCUGCACCCCAUUCUGCAAAGGCAGCAGCUGGACUACGGCGUGUAUGUCAUUAACCAGGAUGGGGAUGAGAUCUUCAACCGGGCCAAGCUGCUAAACGUGGGCUACACGGAGGCUCUGAAGGAGUAUGACUACGACUGCUUUGUCUUCAGCGAUGUGGACCUGAUCCCCAUGGAUGACCGGAACAUAUACAAGUGCUUCAGUCAGCCCAGACACCUGUCUGUUUCCAUGGACAAGUUUGGCUUCAGGUUACCCUACCACCAGUACUUUGGAGGCGUUUCAUCCAUGAGCAAAGAGCAGUACCUAAAGAUUAAUGGGUUCCCGAACAACUACUGGGGCUGGGGCGGGGAGGACGACGACAUCUAUAAUAGGCUUGCUUCCAAAGGGAUGAGCAUCUCCAGACCCAGUGGAGAGGUCGGAAAAUGCCGCAUGAUCCGACACAUCCGGGACAAGCAGAACGAGCCAAACCCUCAGAGGUUCGACCGGAUCGCCCACACACGAGAGACAAUGCACAAAGAUGGGAUCAACUCCCUGACCUACAACGUGAUUCAGGUCGAGAAGCUUGACCUGUUCACUAAGAUCACAGUGGACGUGGGAAAGCCCUGAGCGGGCUACUUUAGGACCCGUCGGGCCACGAGCCGGACCGGAGCCGGACCAAUGCAGUAAAGACCAUGCGCUGUUUAUGACACUUGAAACUUUUAAACAGGGGUUCUGGUUCUGUUGAACCAGACCUGUUGGACUCAUCUCAUUGUUGCACAAACAAACUGAAUGUUAUUUUUCUCUGCCAGGCCUUAAGGACUUUCUGGUUGGAGCCAAUCAGACGCUGCUGCAGCACAUUAUAAAAAAUGCUCUUAUUCUACAAACCUGAAAUCCUGCAGGGUCACACAGGGAGGGGGAUGUUACAGACUGGGCCGGGUUGAUUCUGAACAUAGCAGGAGCUUCUAGCUACUAAUCAGAUGAGAGCAUAUCGAUGCAGGUUCUGUUUGGGAUUUUUGUUUUCUGUGAGGCGGGGCUAAAAGCUGACAAUUUGAUUAGUCAGCUUAUGUGAUUCAAUCGUACGAAAUGAAAAGUCCAAAAGCUGUUGAACUUAUGAGGUUCUGCUUGGUGAGAGAUGCUAAUGGUUCCGAUUCACAACCAAAGACGCUCUGAAAGGAACCAGGUCGAACAAUGGUUCAGCUUAGCCUGGGGAAUGCACCAGUAAGGUUCUGGUGACAACCAAACAGAACCAGUCGUGGUUUUAAUUGGACCAAACCCGUUUCUGUGGUCCCACCAUGUUACUGAAGGUCAAGAUACCACUUGGUGUCGAAACGAUUCAGAUUUAAAAUCUGAUAAUUGAAACGAGACUAGGUUUAGAACCGGGUUCCAACUGCUGGUUAGUGUGAUUGAUAAUCAGUUCUGAUCGGGGCCAGAACUCGACCCAUUGAUUUAGGGAUCUCUGUGUAAAUGAUCAGAUAUGUUGAGCAUAAAUGAUUUAAGAUUAAUUUUGACUGAGGGAUUCUUCCUGCAGCUGUUGGUACCAAAGACCUCGUUGAUCCCUUAAACCGGGUCAGCUGACAGCUGGACUGGACCAGCUCUUAUAAUUGAUUUAUCAGUUCUUUGUGGGUGUGUGUUCGUGACUGCUUUUUCUUCCCGUUUGUGUGGAACAAUCGCCUGUAAUGUGCCUUAAACUGACCGGUGUCAUGUCGACCCGUUAAACUGGUCCAGGUACCAGUAUGUUGCUAAUAAAAAAAGAUGAAAUCAA